CAGGACUGAGUGGUCAGUCAGUGUUCACAAAGGACUGGAAGAGGCACUCUGGAUAUUUGGAGGACUAAUCUAAACUUUGCUUUUUAUACGUGGACAAAAAACAAAAUACGAACUUUUCUUUGUAGGUAUCUCUCUCUUUAUUGUUCCCAUUGAACCUCUGAGGAUUUCUUUGGUUUGCUGGACCAGAAGAUCUAGAGAAUCCUGGGAUUUCUGUAUCCAAAAGCUCCAUGGGAGGAGGAUGGCUGCAGUGACUCCAGGCUGAGCGGCUUCUGUUUCCAGUGCUGUGACGCCCCCUGCUGCACGGCCGAGAAAGGCCAGCUUGUGUCAGCCGGGCAGCAUGAGCAACAAAUUGGAGGAUGAGAUGAAUGAAGUCAUUGUCAGGCACUACAACCACUCAGGAAAGUGGGACCGCCCUCGCAGCGACGACACCUGCCAGAAGGCCGUGCUGCUCUUCAUCUGCGUGCUGAUAGUUCUGGAGAACAUCACCGUUCUGCUCACCCUGUGGAGGAACAAGCGUUUCCACAGCCGCAUGUACUUUCUCAUAGGGAACCUGGCCCUGUCGGACCUCCUGGCCGGCGUGGCCUAUGUAGUCAACAUCUUCACCUCGGGACGUAACACCUUCUUCUUGACGCCGUCGCAGUGGCUGGCCAGAGAAGGCAGCAUGUUUGUGGCCCUCAGCGCCUCCACCUUCAGCCUCCUCGCCAUUGGCAUUGAGAGACACAUGACGAUGGUCCGCCUGCGUCCCUGUGAGACAGCCGGUCGAGGACGACUUCUGGCUCUCCUGGUGGCCUGCUGGUUUGUGUCCGUGCUCCUCAGCUCCCUGCCCAGUCUCGGCUGGAACUGCCUGAAAAAUCUCAAUUCCUGCUCCACGGUGCUGCCUCUCUACGCUAAGAGUUACAUCGCUUUCUGCAUCAGCGUCUUCAGCGCACUGCUGGUGGCUGUCAUCAUCCUCUACAUCAGGAUCUAUCGCCUGGUGACCUCAAGCAGCCGCAGGGUGAGCAGCCGGCCCUCGGAGCGCUCUCUGGACCUGCUCCAGACUGUAGUUAUAGUGCUUGGAUUAUUUGUCACGUGCUGGGCCCCUCUGUUCGUCCUGUUCCUGCUGGAUGUCGGUUGCAGCCCCGAUAAGUGCCCGAUACUCUACCAGGUGGAGUGGUUCAUUGCCUUGGCUGUGCUCAACUCGGCCCUCAACCCUCUGAUUUACACAUUAAGAAGCAGGGAGAUGAGAGCUGCUUUCUUCCGGUUACUGUGCUGCUCUCAAAGCAGUAUGGAGCCCACUAGGACACCCACAGUGGGGCACCCCCACCUGGGCACCAACAUCCCUACAGCAGAAAACAGCAAGACCAGUUUGGGUGGAGGUGGAGGAAGUGGUGCUGGAAAGUCCACGCUGAGCAGAGGGAAACCUCCCUCAGCUGUAAAUGACAGCAAACACGCAGGUCCCUCUGCCACGGCCGUGCCUCACCCCUCUGGGCCUGCAGACCUUCUCUCGGCUGUGCUGGGGAAGGCGGGGGCGCUGCCGUCCCUCGGCAAGUUCUGAAGGGAAGCGCCUAAAAAAAGUCACAGAGAGCUAGACACUAAACAGACACUGUCCUGCUAUCAGCCACUUUUCGUUUGUGCUGCAAGAACAACGAACUGUAAAAUAACCAAGAUAAUCCAGAUUUAGUCAAAAUCACCUGAAGCCACUACCCGCCUUUAGCAUUAACACUAAUUUAAACACCACGCACAACAACCUAUAUGUUUGUUCCACACAAGACACCAGCUUUUCACACAGCUUGUUAAACAUGCUGACGAUGCUUUAAACGACACCAGAGUGUGAUUACACAUCUUCAGUAUUAUGUGUAUUUACAUAUUUGUUUACUGAUUGAUUAUAGGAAUAUAUCAUCACAUUGUGGCACUUUUAGCAUGCGUAUUUGAAGGCGUUCUUAGAAUACUUGCACAUCACAAUUAGAUUGGACAGACUUUUUGUUUUCGGUGACAAAAAAAUCUAGCAGCCUUGAAGCUGGUAACGUUUUGCUUUAUGUGCAUUAAUAAACAUUAUGGUACUGGGAUUUUAAAUAUUACAGUUUUUUUCGAUUGCUAAAACGCGUUUUUCAAAACUGUACGUUUCUUUCAAAACUGCACACACACAAAACCCCAAACAUAACACACCAAUUCCUAAACCGUGGCUUCCCUUUGCAACAAAACCCUGCCACCACAUAUCGUAACAUGUUCCCAAAAUGGAACACGUGUUCUCAUUUGGUAAACACAGCCACAUUUUCACAUGACACACACAUACCAUUCAUUGCUUAAACACAAGUAGCCUUUGGGUGAACACUACCAAGCAUGGAAAGAACACUGAAGAGCAAAACUGAGAACACAAGUGUCAAAAGGGAACACAGUGAAUUAUACACUGAAUAUAUGACAGUGCUCACUUUUCUCUGAGACAAACAUCAGACAUCACACAAAUUUUGAGACAACACAUUUUAUUUUUACGGUUAUAGGGUAUAAAAUGGAAAACCGUGGGUGGUCCUGAAACCACUCAUACACCUGGGUAGCCUUGUGGAAACUUACUUUUAUGCUGCAGUCCCUGAUUGCAAACUGCUCGCCAGACCCGAAAGUUUAGAGAUUUGAAUAUUUGUGUGUUGUUGAUUGAAGCUUUGAGAAUUUAUGUGGAAAGUGUGUGUAAACGUGAAAAUUGUGUGUUGUGUUUUGACAGCAAGGUAAUGUGAAAUUGACAUCAGAGUGUAAAGGAGGAAAAUCAGAGUUCUAAUAUGAUAAGGAAAUCUUAAGUAGUGAUAAACUGAGCCAAGCGAUUGGGAACAGAAGUAGAGGUUGUGAAAAUUGUGCCUCAUUUUUGCUUUUUGAGUUUUAGCAAUCGAAAUAAACUGUAAUAGACAUGUACUGUGAGAGGGGAAUGUGUAAUCUGAGACUAGUGGCCUAGUGAGGUCAUGAUGUUUAUUACACACCAGAAAACAAAAGUGCUGAUUAUAAAGUCCCUGUUAGUAAUCUAUUCUCAUUAAUAAUGGGGAAGAACUAACACUACAUGAGAAUUGUGUUUUAUUUUUUAUAUCUGGGUUUAACCUCUGCGUGAUGCUCAGUCUGUGAGGCUAAAGGAUCACAGCCGAUAACAACACUCACCGGCACGCGUAGCAACCACUCUAAUGUCAACUGACCACUAGCGAAUAAGAAUGUUGGAGGAAUUAUUUAAUGGUGGGAGACUGUAAAGGACUUUUAUGUCAUGGGUGAUGUGGUGCAGCUUUAGAGCAAAUAAAAAGUGUAGUGUACUCAA